ACGGCGUCUCCCUUUAUCCAACUGUUUUUUUGUGAAAUUUAAAUUAUUUGUGAAUAUGGAGCCUUUAUUUCGGUUAGACAUCGAUAUUUUAUUGACGAGCAUCAAGCAGAAACUGAUGCAACACGACGAAAAUGCCCAGGUAGCAUGCGUGCAACGGCUAUCCGAUUUGUUCCAAAAUGGUGGCGCUGCGAGCAAAGAGGCGGUUCUUUCAAAGUUCAUUAAGUUCGACUUGCUAUCAACCGUAUUCGAAAUCUUGCAAACUUCUACCGAAUCACUUCUUCCAUGCGUUCUCGACUUUUUAAACGUGAUAAUCGUAUACCGGAAGUUCUACGACUAUCACAUAGCAAAGGAAGCUAUGGAUUCGAUAUUGAAAAUUACAGUUUGCAUUUUAAAGUCUCGUAGUAAAGAGACACAGUUGAUACAUAAGCUUCUUACAAUAAUUUUCAAUAUACUUCAGAGAGCGAUAGAAUUUAAUAUGAAUUUUCACGAGAUCUGCAUUCCACGACAAAUACUGUCGCUUUUGAAAUCAUUGCUCUUAGAAGACUCAUCGGAUGAGAAAAUAAAAUUCUCCGCUAUAGCAUUGUUGAAUCUCGUUUUGGAAAAUAUUGAGUCUGCGUAUGAUUUGGAGGACAGCGUGUUUCAACUUUGUCAUAAGGCUGUCGAUAUGAUGAAAGAGAUCGUUAAAUACAGCGAUGACGAAGCUUCGGUUUCGCUUGCUGCUGCUGCGCUGUGCGCUGCUUGCGCUUCCGGAACCCGGUUGUGUAUCGAGAAGAACGAUAGCGGAAAAGCCUUCGACAAAGUUUCGCAAUGCAAAGUAGCUUUGGUAAAGGCGAUCUAUGGAACAACGAUGAGCACGAUCGUGCCUCACGUUAAAGACAGAGAGUCAAACGGAACGGACAGGGUCAAAUUCCAUAGAAAUCUCGUGACUUGUCUGUACAACCUUUACAAGUUGAGUAGCUGUAACCAAGACAACUUGUCAAACCACUUGACCGCCAACGGAUAUCUCAAGUAUUUCUUGCUCUUAACCGGCAGGCUUCCGGAAAAUCCUCGGCGUAGCACAUGCCUGCUGUUAGCUAGAAUCAUAACUAAUCUCGCUGAUAAAUCCCUGUCUAUCAGCCAAUGGCCCGAAGGUGCAACUGCUUUCGAAACUUUGAUGCAUCGCGGAUUAUUGGACUUGCCGAAAGAUCCUGAACAAUGGAAGAACAUAAUAGCCGAGCAUCAAGGUGGCAGUGCUAUUGCCUUGAUGAUGUUAAUCUAUUAUCACUUCCACGGAACCAGAGAGAACGACAUGAUAUGCUUGAAAUCGCUGAUCACCAGGAUCAUCAAUUUGCCAAAGUCUGAUCCGACACCGUCGCAAAUUCUCAAAGUUUUAUGGUUUCUGUUUGCUGUCGCGUCUCUGUCGCAUUCGUCAUCGAGCUCGGAACAGGAUUACGGGAAAGCCGUGAAACGAUUGGCAGCCGUGUUGCAAUAUUCCAGAUUGAACGAUUGUUACACCCAUCACAUAGAUCUGUUGCAUUAUUGCUUGAAGUGCCCCGAGUUCCCGAAAGAUUUGCGAAACAAAGCGAUGGAUCUUUGGCUGGUGGAAUCAGAGGGGGAUAUCAAACCUCUGUUGACGCUCGAUUGCGCCACAGUUGUGCGACAUUAUUUAUUGCUCGUCGUACAGACUGGUUAUUCCGAGAAGAUAAUCAAGCUGGCCAUGAAAGGAAUUCGCGAGAUGAUUCAACUGGACAACGCGAAAGAGAUUGCUGAAAUUGCCUGGCACAUAUUGCCGAAUCUUCUUUUCCCCUACGAACCAGAGAAAGAUGAGCAGGUCAAGGCGGUGCUAGAAUUGACCAAUAUUUCCAUUCCGGCUACCUUGUCAUCGAGCGUGAAGAAUCGCUGCGCGGACAGUCUGGUAAGAAUCUUGCUGAGACGAGAAGCGGAUCCGAAGCUGAGGACAUUGGCGGUAAUGCAGUCGUACGUCUUGCUGGUCACAUCCUCGACGACCAAGCCGUUCACGAUUCUCCAGAUAUAUUGUACGACCACGAACUUCCUGGAGGAAUUGAUCGUGCAAGGCUUUUCGGAAGACACUCCGGAAUUGUCCGCGGUUUGUUUGAAGCUUCUCGCGUUUAUUAUUCACUGUCAAGGAAAAUCGUCUAUCCAGCGUGAUAAGCCGUUGACGAUUGACGCGCAGAGCUUAGCCGAUUUGCUGUUAAAUACGAGGAAAUCCGUCCACUGGUCGAUCAGCGCGAUGCAACUGGCGCUGGAAAUUUUAACUCAAAAUAUUGAUGGAUCGGUUGUCAGUCUGAGCGGAAUACCGAGCAAUAACGACGGGGCGCGAGCGGUGCUCAAUCUCUACGAGACUCUUCUCAUCGUUCAUGGGAAUGUAGAUUCGAUGCAAAGAGAUAUCGUGUACCAAUGUCUCGUGGGUGUCUUGAGAUUCUGUCACAGUCGCACAGAGUCAUUGAUGUACCAUCUCUGCAAUUUAAUGAGCAACUGUGUUAUCGUAUCUUCUACCUUGAAGACGCGGCACGUAUCCUGCCACUUUUUGGAAUUCGUAUCGACCUGGCUGCGAUAUCGGAAGAGAUAUUGCACCGACGAAGCUCCUUGGAACCCGAGGUCGCUCCGCAAAACGCCGUUCGAGGAGACUUUGGAUCAAAUUGUAAGAUACAUGGACGGCGCGCAGAAGCUGAGGACGGACGAAGCUUUCCACGGUCUACGCUACGCGGUGAUAUAAUAAUUCAGGAUUCCCUUGUGUUGUUUCAGAUUUCUGCCAGCCUCGUCCUGCCCGGCUUUCCUUCCUGCUGUCAGAUUGACACUGCACGUCAAGACGCCACACCGCAUACCCCACAAUCACAUGGUGCAGACAGGAAUGGCUGCGCCCUACGGUGGGGGUGUCUUCCCCCCGCCGGUGAACGGCGUAGCGGGUGUCGUUGGGGCGGCUGGUGCAGCCGGUGAAGUAAAACCACCACCACCUGUGCCGGUUAAAGAGGACAACAGCGGAGCACCCCAACAACCUCCACCUAGUGGACCUCAGGUACCACCACCAGCAGGCGCCCCACAUCCAACCGCCCCUGGUGCCCCAACCGCGGCUAGCUUUAGCCCACCCCCGCCUCCAAACGGCGUGGAUCAACAGGCUAUCUCGGAGGUGUUUCAGGCAGCAGUGGCAGCUGCAGCAGCUGCAGCUGCUGGUGGCGGUGGUCAGCAAGCAGCACCGACGCAAGCUGGAAACGAGACGAACCCCGAAGGUGCCGUCGAAGGCAAUGCUUUACCUGUAACUUCCGGGGCGACCACACCAGCAACCGCGACACAGGGUACCGACCUGAAAGGUCAGCCAAAGCGCCUUCACGUCAGCAAUAUACCUUUCCGUUUCCGUGACCCUGAUCUCAGGGCAAUGUUUGGGCAAUUCGGGCCAAUCCUCGACGUGGAAAUCAUAUUUAACGAAAGGGGAAGCAAGGGAUUCGGUUUUGUAACAUUCGCAAAUAGUGCUGACGCGGACCGGGCACGUGAGAGGCUACACGGCACCGUGGUUGAGGGCAGAAAGAUUGAGGUGAACAACGCGACAGCGAGGGUGCAGACGAAAAAACCACCGACGGUACCCAACGUAUGCGUACAAUGGCCAGAGGCCGCGGCACUGAGAGGAGUCGCCAUCCAACGAGGAAGGGUAGGAGCUGCGAGGGCGGCUUUCCCGACAAGUGCAGCGGCAUUGGCCCUCGCCAGGAACCCGGGGCCACUUGCAGCUGCAGCUGCAGCCACGGCCCUGCAUCCCUUUGCACCAGCCGUUUAUUACGACCCCUUCCUAGCAGCACACGCAGCGACGCAGGAUCCCAACUACAGGCUACAGGCUAAAGCACCCGCCCUGGAGGCCGCGGCAGCAGCAGCUGCAGCGUCACCAUUGCUGAAGACACCCCUCUCGACGGCCCAGCAGGCCACCUACGCAGCUGCAGCGACCUACACGGCAGUAGCUGCGCGCGCAUACGGCGCAGCUGCAGCUGCGGCACAACCGGUCGCAGGAUAUGCCGCAGUCGCGGGUUACGGGCGUGAAUACGCCGAUCCCUACCUUGGACAUGGUAUUGGACCAGUAGCCGGCUAUGGGGCGACAGUGUACAGGGGUGGAUACAACAGGUUCACGCCGUAUUAAGAUUCGAAGGAUAACGAGGCACGAGCCUUCCAAGAGUACACCGUUAUACUCAGCUAAACAUGACCAGAAUAAAUCGACACAAUCAUCAUCCUCAUCCGCCAUCGAUCAUGAUCCUCCCACGAAGCGAUGCCUGGAUUCUCCGCGCAUGCUGACGCUAGCAUCAACGUGGCUCUCGACGUGAAACAAAAAAAAAAUGACUCUCUGUAAACAAAAAUGAUUGUCGAAAAAAAAGAAAAAUCCAGAUUAAGUCACAGUUCGAACAGAUUCGAAAACGGGCAAAACGAUUACUAUUGUUGACGAAGGAUGACGAACAAAGGAGUCUCCCGGCAAUUGGAAGAAAAAUAAAGGAACACUUUCGACAAGCAACAGGAAGAUCAAAGGAAUUGGAAUAAUACGAAGAACGCUUUGAAUUCGAAACGGAUUUAAAGCGUGCUCGGAGUUCGAGAUAGUUUUCAGCAGGGGUUGCGAACCACAUGACACAAAGGCUUGCUCGAAACGUCGUCGAAGUUUCGAAAGGCAGGCCUGUCUGAUCGAUAAUCGAGGGAGGUAAACGCGGAGAGACGAGGAAAUUGAUAAACCGAAUUACUGGGACAAAGAGGACCGGUUAAAUCGAAUUUCAGCUUUUCGAACAUGCUAAACAUUCGAACAUCCUGCUUCCAUUAGGGAAAGAAUACUGUUAACCCUUUGAUGGCUAGAACAUUUGCCACUUUAACCCUGUGAGAAUAGAACAAUUUUUUAUAUCAUAUAAUUGCAGCUCUGAUUAUUAGGAAUAAGGGUAGGUAUUUUCCAAAUUUCAAAACUUCAGUUUUCAAUUUUAAACAUUUAUUCGAGAAUAAUUAAUUUCUAUAAUCCGUCCAAUGAGACGAAUCAGGAUAUGUUUACAAAUUCGCGCGUUCGACGCAGGGCCGGAACUCAGUUGUUUCCAGUUCUUCAACCGUUCCGGUCGAGAUUUGUUUACUGCGAACCGGGCCAGCUUCGAGCACGUGAAUUUCUACGCAUUUACUGUCUCGUCUCGUUGGAGUGUAGCUAUCAAAGGUAACAAAAUUUAUAAAUUACACGGCCAUCGAGGUGUUAAUAGGUAAAUGCAACAAUUAGAGUCGGAUAGGGUUCGUUUUGAAACGUUUUCGAAGUGUUCGAUGGGAAUUCCGAAGGAGCGUGGCAUCGCGUCGUCAGACUUGUUCGUCUCGAGUUCGAAACCGGCAGCCAUUUCAUAUUUAAAAAGGGAGGGAGGAAUAUAUGGAAUAUAGCCGGUGUACGUGUAUAUAUACGUGUGUAUAUACAUAUAUAUAUAUAUAUAUAAAUAUAAUAGGUAGAUAGAUAGAUAUAGGUAAUUGAUCUCUUUAGAAAUCAAUUGUAAUUAUGCAAUUCGUUGCUCGUGCACGUCUCGUUGGAGGUAACUUUUAGACGCGUUUCGGGGUAAGUUUUAUCGCGAGUACAUUUUAAAUUGCAUAUAAAGAAAAGCUCUGUAAUAAGAAAAAAAAAAAUUGUACACGAUGAAUUUUGUACAUAAUUCAUUUGAUUUCAUUAAAUCGGGAAGCGGAUAUAUGCGAAUAUGAGUCUCGAAUACGAGCCAGUUGUUCAUAAUUUUUUAUUUUCUUUUUUUUUUAUAUAUUACUUUAAUUCGUUAUUUUUCUUUAGAAAUCAAUGAUCGCUCGAGCCACUCGUCGAACUUUCUCAGACAGAAACCGGAUGUGUACGGUCAAGUCAGGGAGAAUUGAAAGUUGUCGCAAAUGGCUGCCGGAAAGGGAACUCUUCUUUCGUAUCGACUGGAUGAACUUCCGGGUACAACUAGUCGAUAUACUCGGUGACCCACGACAGACGAUAGACCAUUUCGUUCGUUUUCUUCUUUUGUUUAGUUAGGUAGCCAAGAGAGAGGCGACGAGAGCGGCGAGGCAGUUACGCGUGUCCGGUAGGGUUUCUAUGCCAAAUAAGUGUAUGCGUGUGUGUGGGUAUAUGUGUGUUUAUGGGUAAAUUUGAAAAUCGAACCAUGACCAUAGAAUAGUAGGAGAGAACCCUGAACAGAGCCAAUACAGCCAGAUUCUGACAGAUAGAAUCUAGUCAAAAGUGUUUCUACUAAUUUCUAAUGAAGAUUAUGGCAAAGCAACUUCUUUAAAUACUCGUAAUCUUGUCCAUGCUUCAAUAGAAAGUAGAACGAGGCAGCAUUUUCUUUAAUCAUUGAUCAAGAUUAUUUAGGAAUAUAUUUGAACAAAUUUCGUAGUUGUAGGUUGAAGCAAGUUGGACGAGUAUUCUUUGCUCUCUUAUUUUUUUUUAUUGCUUUUGGUGGAGGAGUUGGAAUUGUGAUAUAAUAAAAAAAAAAAUCACAGCAACUGUAAAGAAACAAUCUCCAUCCAAGAUAUUGAAUCAAAUAUUCCAAUUUCUCUACCAAAAAAAAAUCAUCCCCAUGCUACCCAUAAUUUUCGUCCAGAACUAUGGUAGAAUUUCAUUAAAUUUCUAACGAAGCUCAAAUCUAAUGGUCGAGAACGCUUGUACCUUCGAUAGAGUCAAUCAUAAAAUAUUCUUCACGUUCCUCGCACAAUAGUCUUUAAUUCUCUCUAUCCAUGGACUGAUUUAUUUUUCGCUUUAAUCCUUCUUUGAAUUUCCCAAGCGAUUAUUUAAAUUUCUCUUGCAACAUUAAUGAAAGUUUAAUCCAAAGGAGGGUUAAAGGACCAACCCCCUCGGUAAGUUCCUC